AUGAGUGAGGAGAGCGGUAAUGAGCUCUAUCAGCAUUGGGUAGAUCAAGCAUUUAGCAGCUUAAUGGCAGCCAUAGCCACAGAAAGGCUACCUAAGCUCUCUGAGGCGGAAAAAGAACGGCAUUACAAAUGCGCUAAAAAAGCCGAUGAUGUACGAAUGCACGCAAAAUGCGUCAGUAUGCUCAUUGAAGCUCAUGCUGAACAAGCAAAGCAGAUUCGUUGGGCGAAGCUGCUUGGCAAGAGGAGGAUAGCAGAUAGGGGUUAG